AUGGAACAAAUGUUCAAACUGUUUCAACAAAUGAAUAAACCCAACAUAAACCUUGAAACCAUAUCUCCUGACCUAAAAUUGACCGAAAAGCUAAAUUAUCAAAAUUACACGACUUGGUACAAAAUGAUGCAGAUAGCUUUGGAAUGCAGAGGACGUCUCAAUCACAUCAUCGACGAUCCUCCUAGCAUCACAGAUCCAAAUUACAGAGCAUGGAAACAAAAAGAUUCGAUAGUCUUGUCAUGGAUUAUUUCGAAUAUCAGUACAGACCUUAUAAACCAAUUCUUAGACUACACUAUUGCAAAAGAUUUAUGGAGAGGGAUCGAAGUUCUAUUAAGCAGUGGAAGGGAUGAACUCCAGAUCUUCGAUCUGAGUUCUCAAGCCAAUAAUUUGAAACAAAAUCGAGACCCUUUGGAGGUUUUUUAUGGGAAACUUAACACUAUCUGGAAAGAGAUAGACCGAAGACAACCAAAUCCCAUGAUACAUGCGGAGGAUAUAACGAUUUUCAACACCUUUAUUCAAAAGCAACGGCUAUUUCAAUUUUUGGCCGGAAUCCAUGACACUUUUGACAAAGAGAAGCGUGACUUGCUACAUCAAGAUCCACUCCCAACAGUGGAAGUGGCCUAUGCCACAAUCAGACGAGAAAUCUCUAGGCGUGGGAUUAUGAGCCACACUUCAUCACCGGGAAAAAUUCCCUCAGAGAUAGGGAGUGGGUUGGCCGUUAAACACCGGUCGGAUGUCUCAUUCCGGCGUAAUGAAGAGGAUAAAACUCACCUGAGAUGCAGUUACUGUGGAGGGAGCCGUCAUACAAAAGAAGGAUGUUUCAAAAUCAUUGGCUUCCCGGAAUGGUGGGAGGAACACCAGCAGCGGAAAGCCGCCACCAAGGCUCCGUCAAGAACCGGCGGCAAGGCUCACUUGGCCGCUGGCGCUUCAUCUCCCACCAACAGACCAACCAUUCACAUAGAAGCAAAGGAAGACAGAAAUAGUGUUGAAGGUGAAAUGAAACAGAAAGCGCAAAGAGGCGUAUCAGAAGAGAGAGAAAGGGGGAAGGAGGGGAAAGGUCUGGAAACAGAAGCUAGUGAGGAAGGGAAAGGGAAACACUCACACUCCCACCUUUUUAUAACCCCACCCUCAAAAAACCCUAAGCCCAUUCAAACCCACCGGCCCAUUUUGAAACAAACCCAUAACCGGCCCAUUCUCAAUACCACUCACAAACCCACUUACAAAACCCAUAAACUUGGUCUACUAUGCAAACCUCGUCUAUCAUCCCCAUGGAUAUUUGAUUGCGGGGCUACUGAUACUAUGACUUUUGACCCCCGUGAUCUUUUAUCCACUCAUCCAAAAACCCGAACCUAUAUUCAAACUGCUAAUGGGGAGUGCGUGAGUGUUGACCAAGCUGGGCCUGUUGCUAUUUCUCCCUCUCUCAAAAUUAAUAAUUGUCUUUUAAUUUCUAGCUUAUCUCACAAGUUAUUGCCUAUCAGUCAAUUGACUCGAGAAUUAAACUGUACUGUGCUUAUGUCUUCUUCUGGGUUCACAGAUCAUCAGUUAUGGACGUGGCAUAGACGUCUCGGACAUCCAUCACUAGGUUAUCUGAAACAUCUUUUUCCGUCAUUAGUUAAAAGUACUGUAGUCUUAGAUUGUGAAGCUUGUAUUCUUGCGAAAAGUCACAAACAUUCCUACUUUCCUAGUUCAAAUCAGAGCAAUGAACCAUUUAUUUUAAUACAUUCUGAUGUUUGGGGCCCUGCUCCUGAAUUUAAUAAACAGAGUUAUUUAUACUUUGUUUCCUUUAUUGAUGAUUGUACUAGAAUGUGCUGGAUAUACUUCCUAAAACACAAGUCUGAGGUGUUUGAUGUUUUUGUCAAGUUUUACAACAUGAUUGUCACCCAGUUUAAAGCCAAACCUCAGAUACUUCGAUCUGACAAUGGGGGGGGAAUACAUGAACCAACAUAUGGAAAACUUCUUCACUACCCAUGGCCUCAUUCACCAAACCUCGUGCCCUCACACCCCACAACAAAAUGGCAUAGCUGA